GUCAAUUGCUAAACCGUCAUUUCUUCUAUACGUAACAGACUAGAAGAAUUAUACUUCGCGGUGCCAUUAUACAAGCCAUAAACCAAUGAUUACUUUACAACUAGUCAUGUGACGAUCUCCUCCAUAUUCCAGCAAAUUACGACGGGGAAGUUACGACAACACUGAUCCAUCCCCUGUCGAACCUUCCAUCUACUAGAUUAGCCUAGCCAACCAAAUCCCACGAAUCCUACGACUCCACUACAUAGACAUCUGAGCUCCAGGAAUAAUCGUCGGGAACCUUGUCGAUGCUGACUGGUAUACGAAGGUCUGACGACGACGGCGAAGGAAGUUGAAAGCCAUCAAUCAGCCUCCUUAAACUUACAUCUCCCAGCCCCUUCCCAAAGACCCUUCUCCCGCGAGUCAGCCACACCAGCGGAGCGGGUUGAAGCAGUAGAAACCAUGAAAAUCAUCGUCGCCGGCUCGACAGGGUUCGUCGCGACGGAGGUCAUCCGCCAAGCCCUCUCCAUUCCCGCCAUCACCUCCGUCGUCGCCCUCGCACGUCGGACGACAGCUGUGCCGCAGAAUGCGGGGCCAAGCGCCGAUGCAAGCAAGCUUAAAUCUGUCGUCUGUGAUGAUUUCGAGAACUACACAGAGACCGUGAAGAAGGAGCUUGUUGGGGCCGAUGCAUGUAUCUGGCUCAUCGCUGUCACGUUCUCAAAUGUGAAGACCAUGCCAUUUGAAGAUGUGCGGAAGAUCUGCCUCGACUACACCCUGAAGGGAAUGGAAACUAUGGCACAGCUGCCGCGCGACUCCGCGAGCAAUCCCCUGCGCUUUAUUUACACUAGCGGCCACGGGGCACAGCGAGAUCAGAGCCAGAAGCCUUGGAUCCAGGGCGAUUACACCUUGAUGCGGGGAAAAACAGAGUCUCUCAUUCUCGAGUUUGCCAAAAACUCAAACGGUGCAGUAGAAGCGUGUGUCACGAAGCCUGGAAUAAUUGACGCGCCAGGGCGAACGGGGCCGGUGAUGAAGGUUCUAGGGUCCAUCGGCCGUGCUAUCAUCAGUCUUCCCAUACUCGAUGUGGGCGAGAUAGCGGCAACGCUGCUGCAACAGGCUGUUAAUGGAAUUGAGAAGGACACACUGCUUCAUGAAGAUCUAGUACGGAUUGGGCAAAAGGCGUUGGCGGCUGAGAACAUCGCACGGUGAGCUCGGAGAGUGAAGACGGGUCCGCUUACUGUGGCUUUGGAAUGGAAUUUCCUUCGUCAAUUUGUCUAUUUCGCAUUAUCGUACUUUGUUGUACAAAGACAGCUAUUUGAUUCUGACCCUUUCGUCUAUAUUGUUUGAGGAACUAAGCAAGAUACCAUAUAGUCAUCGCUGAUAUACUCAGUCAUUGUAGCAUGUUGAAAUGGCGCCCAGCAAUCUCUCCAACUGUAUUUAUCCGGCACCUUUAGUUAAGUUCCACCAACCCCAAUACAUCUACAAAACCAAGAACAUUUUACUCCUUCAAUAAGUCAAUGAUUUAUCUAAGAUCAGCCGAAAGAGAUAUUGGUUUUCUCGUUGGUUUAUCACGUG